AUGGGCAGCCUCUUCUUCUUCUUUGUCCUUCUACUUUCACUGUUUCCUUGGUCUCACUCUUUCUAUGGCGAUGUAGCCAAGGAUUUUAAGAAGGGAGAUACUAUGGAAGUGAAGGUUAAUAAGCUAUCAUCCACAUGGACACUGCUUCCCUAUGACUACUAUUCCCUUAGUUACUGCAAGCCCCCAGUAAUCAUCAACAGUGCUUUAAGCCUUGGAGAAGUUCUUCGAGGUGACCUCAUCAAGAAUUCAGUCUAUACUCUUAAGAUGAGAGAGACAGAAUACUGCAAAGUUGCAUGCCGUGUGAAACUAGAAGCUACUUCUGCCAAAAAGUUCAAGGAGAAAAUUGAUGACGGAUAUGUAGUUAAUAUGAUUCUUGAUGAUCUUCCUGCUGCAGUUACAUUCGACACGAGUGAGUGGCAUGGGAAUAGAUCAAAGAUACCAGUAACUGCACUCCCAGUUGGGCGGAAGAACUAUGCGUAUGAAGGUAAUGAGGAAAGACAUUUCAUUUACAACCACCUGAGAUUCACCGUCACGUACCACGAGGAUCCAGUGACUAAGUUUUCCCGCAUUGUUGGUUUUGAGAUUACACCAUACAGUGUUACUCAUGAGUACAAGAAGUGGGAAAAUGAGAAAACUGAGUUGUUCACCUGCACAAGCAAUUCUGACCUUUUAAUCAGUGGCUUACCACAAGAGGUUGAUACUGAUAAAGAAGUUGUCUUCUCAUAUGACGUAUUGUUUGAGUCCAGUGAUGUAGAGUGGGAAUCGCGAUGGGACUCGUACCUCUCCAGUGGUACUGGUAAUCAAAUCCAAUUGUUAUCUUCGAUCAACUCAUUGUGGACUCUGCUUCUUCUUUCUGGAGUAGUAGCCAUGGUUGUGGUGCGAAAUCUUUACAAGGAUAUCAACAUCUACAAUCAGUUGGAGACACAAGAUGUGGCUCAGGAACUAAUAGGAUGGAAAGUAGUCCAUGGUGAUGUUUUCAGGACACCCCAUAAUGCUACUUUAUUGUGUGUUUGUGUUGGAAAUGGUGUCCAACUCUUUGGGAUGAUGCUCACCGCAAUCAUCUUUGGUUUGCUUGGUUUCCUUUCACCUUCAAACAGAGGUGGGUUGAUUACAGCAAUUGUUCUUUUGUGGAUGUUCAUGGGCUUAUUUGGGGGAUACUACUCGGCGCGCUUGUUCAAGAUGUUUAAAGGCACGCAGUGGAAGAAUAUUGCGUUCAAGACAGCCUUUAUGUUCCCUGCUACAUUUUCCGGGACUUUCUUCAUGUUGAAUACCUUCAUUUGGGGAGAGAGAUCCUCUAUUGCAAUGCCGUUUGGAACAAUGUUUUCUCUGCUGCUCUUGUGGUUUGGAAUAUCAGUACCAUUGGUAUUUGUAGGCAGUUACUUGGGGUUCAAAAUGCAAACAAUUGAGUAUCCAGUCAAUACCAAUGAAAUUGCAAGACAGAUUCCAGUGCGAGCAUGGUACAACUCAAAGAUGGUAUUGUCUGUGCUCAUCGGAGGCAUUAUACAGUUUGGACCAGUGUUCAUGGAGUUCUACUUUAUCUGGACAUGCAUAUGGAUGGACCUCUUCUACUACUCUUUCGGCUACCUCUUUAUAUCCUUUGUCAUCCUUCUAGUCACUUGUUGUGAGAUAGCAAUUCUACUCUGCUACUUCCAACUUCGCAGCGAAGAAUACCAUUGGUGGUGGAGACCAUACUUGACUGCUGGCUCCUCUGCUCUCUACAUGUUUGCAUACUCCAUAUUCUAUUUCUUCACCAUACUGGAGAUUGAAAAGUUCGCUUCUGUCAUCCUUUAUUUCAGGUACACGUUAAUGGUAUCCUUUGCCUUCUUUGUCUUGACUGGGACAAUCGGCUUCUAUGCAUGCUUCUGGUUUGUUACGAUGAUCUACUCCUCUGUCAAGUUAGACUAA